GUCAACUUUCUCGAGUGCAUACCGCAUCAAGAGAUCACCAUGUUCAACACACCACCGAAUCCACAUGACCCGACAGGCCCAUCUUCCUCUUCUUCAUCAUCUCACACACCAUCAGCUCCGGGACCAGCUCAUCGUAGACGAGCACUGCCGCCCAGAUCAUCCCUCUCCAACUCGUUCUCCUUUGCGCCGCCGCCCAUCACCCCUGCUCAUCCGACAUCGGCGACGAUAGGUGGGCAUGCCAUGGAUGUGUCAGAUAUAAUACAAGAUGGAGAUACAUCUUACUCCUUCUCGUACGCUGCCAUGCCAAGGACAGCGACUCGCAUAGCUGCCCAAGGCAACAGGGGGAUCGCUCAAGUCUCACCGCGAGUCAGACCGUCUUCCUCCUCGUCUGCUGCACCUCAUCGCCCUUCAUCAGAGAGUGCAAGGGCUCGGACCACCAUACCCAGACAUAGAGAUGCUCAAAAACGGAGAUCGAGGCUCGCCGAUCGGAGCUCACCGGAACGUGCUGAAAAGGUCUCGCCGAGAAAGAGGACGAUCAGAGGGGCUGAAGAGAUGGACGAGGAACAGGAAGAGGAAGAAGAAGGAGGAGGAGAAGAGGAUGAAGAGGAUGAAGGAAAGACCUGGGAUAUGGUGGAUUCAAUGAGACUGUGGAGACACGAUGCGAUCAUGCAGCAUCUGUAUGAUACUGCAGCUUUCUGGGGAGACAAGAUCUUAUCCUGGACAGCCGACCCGAACGAUGCUUUUUGGCUCGCUCAGACCCAUUUCCUCACCGGGCAUUAUCUUCGCGCCGAAAGAAUAUUGACAGAACCCUUGCCUCCACCGUCACGGGGUGGUCUACCUCGAAAAGAUUCACUCAAGGAGAAUGGGAUUCACGGCAUGUCGAAAGGCAAGAGCAGGAUGGAGGAGACCGAGGACGCGAUGAAUGGGCACCUGUAUUCGCCCAGAAGCGACUUGGAUGGAGAGGGAACGUUGAAAGGGAGACCCAAACUCAUCGACGAGAGCUUGGCUUGCCGUUACCUUGCUGCGCAGUGCUUGGUCCAGCAGGAGAAAUACCAAGAAGCGUUGGAACUGCUGGGAGAAUCGAAUCCAUUCAGAGAAAAUGGAUCAGCAGGAGGACCCGCUACCGAACCUCAUCCAGAUGACGGGAUCAAACUUCACUCGUCCAUCUGCCAUCUUCGUGGUCUGCUCCACCUCAGGCUGUCGUCUUUGGCCUUGGCCAAAGAGUCUUUCAUGGAAGCGUUGAUCAUUGACGUGAAGAACUACGAGGCAUUCAGGGAGCUUGUCGAAGGGGAAAUGAUGUCUGCCACUGAGGAAUGGACAUUUGUCCAGAAUCUGGCGUAUCGCUCGCAGCUUGCAGACGAUCAAGCCAUGUUUGUUAAGCUCAUGUACAUUACAAAGUUGAAAAAGGACAAUCACAUUCACGACAUUUCACGCGCGAGAACCGAACUGGUCAAUACCUAUGCUCUACAAGACAACUGCGAUGUGCUCGUGGGGUUGGCAGACGAGUUGUACGCAAAGUACAAGUGGGAAGACUGUUACGCAGUCACUUCAAAGAUUCUGAGUCGUAUUCCCGGUCAUUCCACAGCUUUGCCUCUUCACCUCGCAUGUAUGCACCACAUUCACCGACUUCGAUCGUCCCUCUUCAUGCUCGCACAUGAUCUCGUCGAACAGGAUCCUCAAGCAGCUACGACAUGGUACGCGGUUGGAUUAUGGUAUUUUUCCGGUAAACGAUGGACAGAUGCCAGAAGAUACUUUAGUAAAGCCAACUUGAUCGACAGUCGGUUCGCACCUGCUUGGAUAGCCUUUGCGCAUUCUUUCGCCUGGGAAGGAGAGCAUGAUCACGCGAUCACGGCAUACUCGACAUCGGCGAGACUAUUCCCAGGGACUCACCUGCCACUGCUGUUCAUCGGAAUGGAGCACCUACAGCUGUCCGCUUCGACUCUUGCCGAGGAGUACUUUCGAGCCUCGGAGGCGAUCAACGCUUCAGAUCCGCUGCUUCUCAACGAGCUAGGCGUCGUCUCGUACAACAAGGAAGACUAUCCCGAAGCCAUCAGGUAUUUUCAAAGAUCGAUCGACACUGCCAAGGCGAUGCAAGGAGUCUCUUCGACAUGGGCUGUCACGCACUGCAAUCUAGGACACGCUUACAGAGUCACAGACCAAUUGGACAAUGCCCAGGCAGCGUACGAACGCUGUCUCGCUCUGGAUCCUACCAAUGCGACCGCCUAUUCCUCCCUCGCCAUGUUGUGUCAUCUCCGCGGAGACAUUCGGACCGCUAUACGACACUACCACGUUGCCUUGUCCCUCGGCCCUCAAGACCCCAUGAGCACUGUCCUUCUCGAGAUGGCUUUGAAAGAGCAAAUGGAGCGAUUGGGACCGACCACGCUGCCGGGUCUACCAGCCAGUAUCGGAAGCAAAGAUCUAGAUCCGUUCAACGUCGCCAAGGGCAAUCCAUCGUUUGGACCUUUACCUAUUGAGCUUGACCCAGAGACUCUGGCAGAUGCAGGAGGCGAAAGUAUCAUUCAUCCCGCGGGGGGAUACGAUACCACUGCGGACAUCUCUGUUCUUGGUUUGAGGUCGAUUGACGAGUCUGGCGUCGAACGAUCCAUGCGACGUCGCAAUCGACGUGAGGGACCAAGGGACGCCAGCAUGAGGCGAGUCGAACAGUCGAUGAUGGAGGAGGAGGAAGACGUAGGCGAAGAGGGAAGCACGAUGGAUAUAGAGGAGGACUGAAGGGCGGGCGCGGGGCGUGCAUAGCUUGAGCAGUUUAUAUCAUCAAUACUCAUGGGGACGUGACAUCCCCACUUUGCAUAGUCCACAUUUGGGGU